AUGGCAAACAUUGCAACGCUUGACUUUGCCAAAUUCACCCACGGCACUGCAACGGAAAGACAACACACCGGCAAGGCAUUGGCUGAUUCCCUGAUCGAUCAUGGCUUCGUGAAGCUCGUAAACCACGGUCUUGCGGAUGAAACCAUCGCCGACUUGAUCGAGCUCCUACGACGUGAAAACAUUGCCGGCCAUGACGAUCUCAGUAAGCUGCUAGAUGCUCGAUCCUGCCAGAGAAUAUCACUCGAGAUCAUGGCGGCCAUCGAGGUCGGCCUGGGGCUCCCGCCGGGCGUGCUGGUCGACCGCUGCCGCCCCGACGCCAGCGAGAUCCGCCUGAACCGGUACCCGCCCAUCCCCAGAGCCCACCUGGCCUCCGGCCUCGUGAGGCGCACCUGGCCGCACACCGACUUCGGCAUCAUCACCCUGCUCUUCCAGGACCACGUCGGCGGCCUCGAGCUCGAGGACAGGACCAGCCCGGGCACGUUCGUGCCCAUCGCCCCCGUCCGGCCCGGGCAGCCCGCCGAGAUGAUCGUCAACGCCAGCGACACGUUCGAGCGCUGGACCAACAGCGUCGUCAGGCCGGGCCUGCACCAGGUCGCCCCGCCGCCGCCCGCGGCUGGGGACGAGAUCGUGCUGCCGGAGCGGUACUCGUGUGUGUUUUUCGCAAAGGCCGGCCGCGAGACGUCUGCUGGUCCUCUGCCGCACUUUGUCUCGGAGGAGAACCCUGCGCGCUAUGACGAGAUCACGGCCUUGCAGUUUCAGCAACGCAGGACUCAGUUGCUUUAUUAG